UUUCGCCUUGCAACAUUUAUGUAAUCAAUUUGUUUGUUUUUUUUUUCAUACAAUUAUUUAAGCAGAGCGCUAUGUCAUGUGCGCAAUUAUUGUUGAGUUGCUGUCGCUUUGGCAGCCAAGCGAACUGCAAUGCGAAGACGCAACGCGCUUGGCACUCGGAUCGCAUCAAAACGGGCUGGCGACAUGUGCAGGAUCCAAAGCAUAAUAAGGGCUUGGCUUUCAACAUGGAGGAGCGUCAGCGUCUGAAUGUCAACGGCUUGUUCCCCAGCGCUGUGCGCACCAUCGAUGAGCAAAUCUAUAGCGUCACUGCCAACUUCUUGUCGCGUCCCACCAACAUCAGUCGCUAUCGCUAUAUGCGCUCGCUGCGUGCGCGUCAGGAGCGUCUCUACUUUCGCUUUCUCAGCGUCUGCACCAAGGACGUGCUGCCUGUGAUUUAUACGCCCACAGUGGGCGAGGCCUGCACUGUGUUCAGCAUGAUCUAUCGCGGACCCAUGGGCAUUUAUCUGACCAAGUACGAUCAUGAGCAUAUGACCGAUGUGCUCAAGAACUGGCCAGAGACGGACAUCCGCGUCGUAUGCGUAACGGAUGGCGAGCGCAUUUUGGGGCUGGGCGAUCUGGGCGCCAAUGGCAUGGGCAUCUCAGUGGGCAAACUGGAUUUGUACACUGCCCUGGGCCGCUUGCCGCCCAAGUAUUUGCUGCCUGUGGUGCUGGACGUGGGCACCAACAACAAGGAGCUGCUCGCCGAUCCUUUGUAUGUGGGCGUGCGUGAGAAGCGCGUGCGCGGCCAGGAGUACGAUGAUCUGGUGCAGGAGUUCAUGGAUGCGGUGGUCAAGUGCUAUGGCCGGCGCACGCUCAUACACUUCGAGGACUUUGCCACGCCCAAUGCCUUCAGGUUUAUUAAGAAAUAUCAGAGCAAGUACUGCUACUUCAACGAUGACAUACAAGGCACUGCCGCCACGGGCUUGGCGGGCUUCCUAAACAUCGAGCGCGUCACCAAGAAAAAACUACAGGAGCAUGUGAUUCUCUUUGUAGGCGCUGGCAGCGCUGCUUUGGGCAUUGGCCGCCUGUUGCUGCGUGAGCUUAUGAAUCGCAAGCUGAGCGAGGAGGAGGCCUGCAAGCAAAUUUAUAUAGUCGAUGCCAAUGGCUUGCUCACAACAGAUCGCACGGACAUUGUCGACGAUAUCAAACCGUUUGCCAAGAAAGAGUCGCCAAUGAAGAAUCUCGAAGAGAUUGUCGAAAAGUUUAAGCCAUCGAUUAUUUUGGGCGCCACCGGUCAAGGCGGAAUUUUCACAGAGAAACUGCUACAAACCAUGGCCAAGAAUCAUGAACGCCCCGGCAUAUUCGCUUGCUCGAAUCCAACUAUCAAGGCGGAGUGCACCGCCGAGCAGGCGUACAAAGCGACUGAGGGUCGCGCACUGUUUGCCUCGGGUUCGCCCUUUCCGCCUGUGGUGCACAAUGGCAAACGCAUAACUCCCGGCCAGGCUAACAAUUGCUUUGCCUUUCCGGGCAUUGGCAUGGCCGUAUUCUGUUGCCGACCACGCUUCAUACCCGACGAGAUUUGGAUAAUGGCCGCACGCACGCUGGCGGACUUUGUCAGCGAUGAGGAUAUAGCCAGCGGGCGGCUCUAUCCUUUGGUGCAGGACGCCACCGAAGUGGCGUUUCACAUAAGCGUAGUGAUCGCCGAAUAUUUGUAUGACAACGAACUGGCCACGAUACAUCCGAGGCCCGAUAAUAUUUGCAAGUUUGUCACCUCGCAUUUGUAUAGUCCCAGCUAUGAUUCCUCGCUGUCGCCCACCUGGCCGUAUCCCGAAUUCGAACGCAUGCCCAUACCCAAGGAAAUCAAAUUGAUUAAGUAAACUAAGCAGCUUUGGCAGUUUUUUGUAUAGUCACAUUAGUUAGAAAAUGAAAAUUUACAAUUCAA